UGAAAAGCGAGAUCGGGGAAGUGAGUUUGUUUACAGCAGAAAACUUGUGGUUUUCUUGAAAAAUCAUCACAUUUGAAAGAUUGUGAAAGUCUUUGCCGAAACUUAGAAGAUCGGAUACCAUUCUAAUGCAACAGGAUCCUACUUGAAGCGACCUGUAGCUGUAGUACGUUAGAUUAAAUCGUCGCAGCAAAAUUCAUCUCGAGUCGGUUUCAACUUAUCGAAACCCCCUUUUUCUUCUGCUUUAUAUCUGGGCCUUUAAUUGGGAGGGAAACAUGCCGCAUAUGAAACCCCCCAAAAGGGUCCAGCCCCUCUGGAAGGAGUGGGACUAUAAAGCUCAAAAGAAAGGCUUGCACAGGACUGUGUACGCGGUGAAUGGCGACGAAUACACGGGUGAAUGGUUAGAUAACAUGAAGCAUGGCAAGGGUACAAACAGAUGGAAGAAAAGUGGAGCCAUAUAUGAUGGAGAUUGGAAAACUGGAAAACGUAAUGGUUUUGGUACAUUAAGCAUCCCUGCAGUGGAAGGUGGCUUUAAAAAGCAAUAUUCAGGGGGGUGGAAAAAUGACAAAAGACAUGGUUAUGGUACACAUUUUUACAACGAUACAGAAUAUUUCGAAGGUGAAUUUUAUGCAGAUAAGAGAAGUGGCUGGGGUCGAAUGUACUAUGCUGAUGAUAGUAUAUACGAAGGAGAAUGGUACGAUGACAAAAGAAAUGGACAAGGAAUGCUUCGGCUUGCAAACGAAAACAGAUACGAAGGUUCAUGGAAGGACGACAAAAAGAACGGAGCUGGUAAAUUUUACUACCUAGACAAAGGACAAAUGUUUGAAGGAGUGUGGGUGGAGGAUACUCCAAAAUGUGGCACCAUGAUGGAUUUUGGCAGAGAGGGUGCCCCAGAGCCAACUGUUUACCCAAUCCCAACAUGCGAGUUAAGAGAUUCUGAGGCAGUCCUGCAGCAAGCAGAAGAUGUUUUUCUUCAGGAACAAGAAUAACUAAAGACAACAUGUAUUGAAAUAACUUAACUUAAAUACCACCCUCUAUCAGAGUGUUGUGGAUAACCCACUCUUAUAUGUAUGAAUUCACCAAGAAACCUUGGAAGUUUGUGUACAGUACCAGACCACAAUUAGAGAAUUUUUUUAUGUUUUAAUUAAUAUUUGGUAUAUAUUAAAAUUGUACCCUUUUCAUGCCAGUGAGAUUUCCAGAUUGGUUGUAUAUAUUAAUUGCAUUUAUUAAAUCUUGCAUAUACACAUGGCAA